CGUAGCUGAAGGAUUCCUCCUGAGCCAAAUGGAGGAUAACAAGAAGCAGGGGGAAGGACAAAUGAAGUUGGCGAGAGUUUUUCACAAGAGAGUGAUGACUGUGAUGGAUUCCACGCAGGAGCCAUUGUUCAUGGAGAACCAACACAAGAAGGAUGGAACAGCCGCCACAUCAAGUGGAGAGAUGACCCACACAAUUCACAUGAGGCCCCCUCCUCUUCAUGCUGGAAUGCAAUCGCUUGCUGUGUGGCUCUCGAAUCAGGAUCUAGUGUCCUUUGAAGAGGUGGCUGUACGUUUCACAGAGGAGGAAUGGGCCCUUCUGUCCCCUGACCAGAAAACUUUGCACAGAGAAGUGAUGGAGGAAAAUUCAAAGAACCUGAUCUCACUAGUAGGAGAAUGGCAAAACAAUGAGAAAACCAAUCAGGAAAGAAAGAAAACAGAAGCAAAACAGAAGAGGAGAAAAGCAUCCAUUGCUUCUGAAGGGGAGGACUUUAAUAAUUGCACAGUCCUGGGAGAGCCUCAGAGUGCUAAACCUGGAGAUAAAAGGAACAUCUUCCUUCAGUAUCCAAACACUACCAGAGCAAUUCUUAGUACACACCCUAGAAUCCAGAGGGGAGAGAAACCAUAUAAAUGCUUAGAGUGUGGGUUGCGUUUCAGGUGCACCACUCAGCUCAUAUCACACAAAAUAAUCCACACGGAAGACAAUCCGUUUAAAUGCUUGGAAUGUGGCAAGCCCUUCACUUGCAGUUCAAAACUCAGCUUGCAUAAAAGAAUCCACACAGGAGAGAAACCGUAUCAGUGCCUGGAAUGUGGAAAGAGAUUCACGUAUGGGUCAACAGUUAGAAAACAUAUGCGGGUCCACACAGGGGAGAAACCAUACACAUGCCCAGAUUGUGGAAGAAGUUUCAGCGAGAGCACCAAUCUGACACGGCAUCGCAGAAUCCAUAGGAGAGAGAAACCAUUUUCCUGUUCUGAGUGUGGAAGGGGUUUCAGAUGCAGUUCAGAGCUACGCUCCCAUCAAAGGACUCACACUGGAGAAAAACCGUAUAAAUGCUCUCAAUGUGAGAAGACCUUCACUCACUACACUGGCCUUGCUUCUCAUCAAAGGAUCCACACUGGAAAGAAGCUGUAUAAGUGUUCCGAGUGUACAAAGAGCUUCAGCUGUAGUUCGGCACUUAGUUUGCAUCAAAAAAUCCACACAGGAGAGAUGCCUUACCGAUGCUCGGAGUGUGGCACAAGUUUCAGGUGCAAUGCUCAACUGAACUCUCACAAGAGAAUCCACGUAAAUGAGAAUCCGUACAAAUGCUUGGAAUGUGGAAAGCCCUUCACCUGCAAUUCAAAACUCCUUUUACAUCAAAGAACUCACACAGGGGAGAAGCCAUUUCAGUGCACUGAGUGUGGAAAGAGUUUCAGUGACGGCUCGGCUCUUACGAAGCACAAUCGAAUCCACACGGGAGAGAAACCCUAUAAAUGCUCUGAGUGUGGAAGGGGCUUCUCUGACAGCCGAAACCUUGCAAGACAUUGUCGAAUCCACACCCAAGAGAAACCAUAUAGCUGUCUGGAGUGUGGGAAGAGCUUCAGAAACAGUUCAGAGCUUUACUCCCAUGAAAGAAUUCACACCGGUGAGAAGCCAUAUCAGUGCUCUGAGUGUGGAAAGAGAUUCGGUCACAGCAUGAGCCUUAAUUCUCACAAAAGAAUCCACGCAGAGAAGAACCCGUAUAAAUGUUUUCAAUGUGGAAAGCCCUUCCCUUGCAAUUCAAAACUCCUUUUACAUCAACGAACUCACACAGGGGAGAAACCAUUUCAGUGCACAGAGUGUGGGAAGAGUUUCAGUGACAGCUGGGCCCUUACGAAGCACAAUCGAAUCCACACGGGAGAGAAACCUUAUACAUGCCCCGAGUGUGGAAGGAGCUUUGCCGACAGUCGAAACCUUGCAAGGCAUUGCAGAAUCCAUACAGAGGAGAAACCAUUCAGAUGUUUUGAGUGUGGAAAGAGAUUCAGAAGCAGUUCAGACCUUUACUCGCACGAAAUAGUUCACACUAGUGAGAAGCCAUAUAAAUGCUUUGAUUGCGGGAAGAGAUUCAGUCGCAGAAUGAGCCUUAAUUCUCACCAAAGAAUCCACACAGGGGAGAAACCAUACAAAUGCUUCAAGUGUGGAAACAGUUUCCGAUGCAGUUCUCAACUUUCCUUGCAUAAGAAGAAAUCACACUGGAAUGAAACUGUAUGAGGGGUCACUACAAAAAGAUCUUCUGCACAAGGGAGGAACUUAUCAUAGAAUCAUAGAGUUGGAAGAGACCACACGGGCCAUCUAGACCAACCCCUAUCAUCCAUACCUCAGUUGUUUUGUUAAGACGGCACAGAUUCUAAGAUGCACAUUAAUUUCAGUAGCACCAACUGAUAAACAUUUUU